AUGUCAGCAAAUUUGAAUCUAGUGAGGGCCACAAGACCACAAGAAGAAAAUAAGGAUUCUGUACACAAAAUCUCAAACGAAGUCAAAGGAUUUGUACAACCAGAAGAAGGAGUUACUGAAAAUAUCGCCGACGGCCAAAAUCAGGACGUCAAUGAACAAGUAGUUAACAGAGGUCGACUAAACCUCAAAACAGUCGACCACAUUGGGGCUUAUCCACUUAUACAAGAAACAGAAGGGAUUGCAAAGAAGGUGGCUGUCACGAGAAUUAUUUUGGCACAGACGAAACCCAAAAUAGAUAAAGUAAUAAUAUCAAAACCAGUCCAAACCGUAGCCCCAGUAAUCAAUUUUUUUGAUAAAGUGACCAACUCAACUUUGAAUACUGUAGAACGUGUUGUUCCUUCUUUAAAAACGAAAACUUAUCAAAGAUUAGGUGAGGAAAUUGCACUACCCUAUACUUUGACAAAAAAAUAUGGAAAACAGUUCAAGGACACAAGCGCAAGAAGUGGAGAUAAUUAUAUUUACCAACCUAUCCAUGGAAGGUUAGUAAAAUUUAGAAAGUACUAUAAUGAAAAAUUCGUAGACACAAAGGGCAAGCCAUUGGUUAGAGGACAUCUUGAUCCUAUUCUAUUACCAUUGAACAAUGCAUUCGAAAAGGCAACGAUAAAAUAUUUGCCCAAAGGUGAAAAGGUUCCAAAUGAUACCUUUUGCUGCGAAUUUAAUAGAGGUUUAGCCUUGGACUACAAUUUCAUGACAAGAGCACUUUCCGCUGCUAGUCAUCAAGUGGCUGAUGUUGCAAAACUACCUUUUGCCUAUGGAUACCAUACAAACACUGUUUACAACAAAAAUCUAGACAAACAAGACGAUUUGAGAAUUAAAAAUGUUUUGAAAGGUACCUGGGACACCAUGAAAGACUUGGAACACGAAGUUUGGGUCUCUGUUACUGAUGGGAGGCUAUUUAAAAUUUUUGGUACCAAAUCCGAGGGAGAUGAUUUACCACGUCUAGUACAAUAG